GAAGGGACUCCAUUAGCCCCAGCACAGACGAGUUCUCACGGCAGCUCCUGUGCCUCUCCCGCCUCCGCCCGCGCUCCGCUCCCAGACACGGAACAUCCGCAGCUGCUGCACUGAAUUCUGCUGCUGUGCCGGUCAGGUGGGGGCGAUGCCGAGCUGCAUAGUGAAGGGCUGCACCCACUACACGGGCAUGAAGGCCAACCACCCGCUGCUGACCAUGCACGUCUUCCCGCGGGAGCUCAGCCGCAUCAAGCUCUGGCUGCAGCAGAUCGGCCAGAACUUCGGGGACCUCGACUCUUUUGCCUCUAAGGUUUUUGAUGCGUCGAGGACUGGUAAAUACCGCAUUUGCUCCGCCCACUUUGCUCCCGACAGCUACACCUCCCAGGGGAGCCGGAUUGUGCUGAAAAACGACGCCAUCCCCACCCUGUUCCCCGGGACCUUCCCGCAUCCUCCGCCGGACUGGAAGCCGGACACUGCAGCUAAAACUGACAGUACGGACACCUCUGCGCCAAAGGCCGUCGCCCAGAAGGAGGCGGGGCCUCAGCCUAAAGCAGACACUAAUAAGAGGCUUCAGGAGGGAGUGCGCUGGAACCCAAAGGCCAGGCUGGGCCGAACCCCCGGCCCCCCGAAGGAGCCACUCCUGGACGUCAAUGGCCGAUUCUCGGGCGUCGUGCGAAGAGACUCGAAGACCAAACCAAACGAGCUCCGCAACAACUGGACCGUAACAAUCCCACCAGACGCCACGGAGGAGAACCGGCGCGCCUUGUGGUCUCUGGAAAAUUUAUUGGUCUCCCUCCUGCAGCAUCUGGCACACGCUCCUCUCACCUCCCGACCACAAAAACACAAGACCAGCCGCCUGCUGAACCAGACCGCCGAGAUCGUGUCCGUGCUGACCGGAGAGGAAUGGACGGUUGUGAAGAAGAAUUCUCACAUCAGCAAGUUCUACAACAUGAUCCGAGAGGUUCCCAUCAAGUGCGGGGAUGUGGCGGUGUUCUUCUCCAUGGAUGAGUGGGACUACAUCGAGGACCACGAGGAGCAUUACAAGCACGUGAUGGUGGAAGAACCCAAGAACCCCAUUGUCACCAUAGACGACCCCAAAACCGAAUUCUUUCCCGAGAUGCAAUGUGAACAGAGGCUGAACUUCGCUGACUUGGACUUUGGGAGUUCCCUGGACUUCCUGCCGAGCCCCGCCACUUUCCCGCCGCCGCUGACAGAUAAAGAGCAAAUAGAAAGAGAAGAGAUUGAAGUUCUUGAGAUGAGCUGUGUCUCGGAGGAUGUCAUUGACGAACCGGCGACCGCCACACCUCAGACGGAGAGAAUAGAUUCUUCCUCAGGAGACAAGGAUGUUGGGGGUCGCUUGGACGUCGCCCGGAGCCCCGCGUCACCCCCAGUACAGAAAGAAAAGCACAAAGAAAAAAGAAAAGAUGACAUUGACGAAACUCUGGAGGUGACUUGUUGUACAGAUGAUGAUGACGACAUGCCUGAGCCCCCAAAAAGAAGGGACGCUUCCCCAAAAAGAAGGGACGCUUCCCCAAAAAGAAGGGACGCUUCCCCAAAAAGAAGGGACGCUUCCCCAAAAAGAAGGGACGCUUCCCCAAAAAGAAGGGACGCUUCCCCAAAAAGACGGGACGCUUCCCCAAAAAGACGGGACGCUUCCCCAAAAAGACGGGACGCUUCCCCAGCAGCAGAUGCGGUAGAAGAAUCGGAGUCCGCCAGCUCGGAGUUGUGGAUUGCACAGGACGGUACAACUUCUUCUACGUGGAUCCCACAAGACGACCCGAGGCCCAAAGGACGAAACAGCUUUAAGUAUGGUAAACAUGCUGGCAGAAUCCAGUGUCCGGUCAGCCUGUCCGGUAUCACCAUCUGUUUACCGGAGCAGCCCCUGAAGAGAGCAGAGUCCGCACGGGACCCCCGCUGCGACCUCUGUGACCUCAGCUUCCCUGAUAAAUACGAACUGGAUCUGCACCAGAUCACACACAGUAAGAAGCAGCGGCUGUGACCACCCUGCACCCCCUUACAGCGGGAGAGGGGAGUCCACCCGAGGCACGGACAGAAAACCAUGACGGGACUGUGGCCGCACCUGCCGGCAUAAUGAGCCUCGUCUGUAAAGAUGGCGUCACGGUAAAGUCUGGUCGUCGUUUUUUUUUUUUUUUUCGUUUUUUUUAAAAAG